AUGAGUGAUAAGGUAGUGCUUGGAGGUGUAGAAGGUGGAUCCUCCCAUACAGUGACUCAUUUGUAUACCCCGGAGGGUGAACUCUUGGCGGAAUACGUGUAUCCAGAUGGCUGUAAUCACUGGCAGAUUGGGUACGAAAAGGCGUGGGAAAUAAUUCGCGAUUCCGUGACCAGCGCCUUGAAAUCGGCUGGACUAUCUCCGAUGACAACGUUGCAAUGCUUGGGACUAUCCCUGUCUGGAGUGGAAGGGGAAACAGUGGCCGAAGAGUAUCGUCAAGGCAUUUCCAAAGCUUACCCAAGCCUCUCGCAUAAAUACCUUGUCUGUAGUGAUACAUUGGGGUCCGUAUACACCGUGCGUAAUAACGGAGGAUUGGUUCUCAUCUCCGGAACGGGAUCCAACUCGCUUAUAGUCAAUCCCAAUAUGAAGACUUUCCAAUGUGGAGGAUGGGGUUAUAUGCUCGGGGAUGAGGGCUCGGCCUAUCUCCUUGUCCGAGAGGCGGUCAAGGCCUGCAUCAAUGCCUUCGAAGGAUUCCAACCUGUCCUGCAUCCCACAGACCGAGUUUGGAAACUACUUGGAGACGACUGGGGAGUCGCAAGCAUCCCGGACCUCCUGCCCGUCUUUUACAAGGACUUCAAGAAGUCUCGAGUGGCCGGGCUAUGCGUAAAACUGGCUCACCUAGCCCGGGAUGGCGAUGCGUUGAGCCGGAGCCUCUUCGAACAAACGGGAUCGUGGUUGGGUGACAUGGUGAAUUGUCUUGUCCCAAAAGCAGAUCGGGAACUUCUCAUCGGGCCCGGGGGACUCCCGAUCGUUUGCGUUGGGAACGUGUGGAAGUCCUGGGACUUGUUGAAACCAGGCUUCAUCGCUGCUAUCCGAGAGCGGGGUGUUCUGACCGAGUUCUCGUUGAUUUCUGCCAAAUGCUCGGCCGCUGCCGGCGCUGCCUAUCUCGCUGCUAGGCAUCAUUCCCUCCCCUUCACUUACCAACCCGAAAUGAUGGGGCAGGAAAUAUUUCAUUGGAAGGCCUGA